CGCCACUACGCAGGGCUUACAGUUCCUGUAAUUUGACAGCCGCUAAUGCUGGGUAGAGAGGAAGGGAAAUUGUCUCGUGAGGGAAACACCCAAUCAGAAGAUGGUACUCUCUCUCUCUUUCCGUUAGGGCGGGAGGAGCAAAACUAAGAGAGUGACGCAGGUAGGAAACAGACGUGGAGAGGAAAGAGGAGCUGAGCUGCCAAUGGGCGAGGCUGAGGUGGGAGCGCGCAGCGUGGAUUGUUUAUAUCUCGCUUGCGGGACGCCGAAAGCUGGAAAGCGGCGCCGAGGAACGUUGGCGCGCUAGUUCUUGAGGGGCUGGGAAACUCCGUGACUAGCCGGCUGAAAUUACCUCUCCAAAUACGCCAUGGCACGCCGUAUGCGCAACAGCAGAGCCUGGCACUACGUCCUGAGUGGGGUACACUGUGAUGCAGACUCACGGGCAGUAGCAUUGGCCACUGGAUCCCAUGGUUGGUCAUAUGAUUCUGAAGGGCAGCAUAGUGACUCUGAUUCAGAGCCAGAAUCUCCGUCUCUGUUGCCUUCCAUACCCACAGCAAUCCCUGUGACUGGCGAGUCUUACUGCAACUGUGAGAACCAGAAUGAAACGCCGUACUGCUCGAACCUCCAUGCCAUUCACCGGAUCAAGAACUGCCAGUGUGGAGAGGAAGAUGAAUAUUUUGACUGGGUAUGGGAUGACCUGAACAAAUCGGCCGCAACACUGCUGACCUGUGACAACCGUAAGGUGAACUUCCACAUGGUCUACAGCUGUGGCACGGCUGCCAUUCAGGGGAACAAGGAGCUCGCGGACGGGCAACACUUCUGGGAAAUCAAGAUGACCUCGCCCGUCUAUGGCACUGACAUGAUGGUGGGAAUUGGGACAUCAGAUGUGAAUCUAGACAAAUACCGCCACACGUUUUGUAGCCUGCUGGGUAAAGAUGAAGAUAGCUGGGGCCUCUCAUAUACAGGACUCCUCCAUCACAAGGGAGACCAAAUCAACUUCUCGACAAGGUUUGGCCGAGGCUCCAUUAUUGGAGUGCAUCUGGACACCUGGCAUGGGACUCUGACCUUUUUCAAAAACAGGAAAUGCAUUGGAGUUGCUGCCACCAAACUGCAGAACAAGAGAUUUUACCCCAUGGUGUGUUCAACGGCCGCUAAAAGCAGCAUGAAACUCAUCCGCUCCUGCACCACCCACACCUCCCUGCAGUACCUUUGCUGUUACCGUCUCCGCCAGCUGCUUCCUGACUAUGUGGACACACUGGAGGUUCUGCCCCUUCCCCCAGGACUUAAGCAAAUUCUGCACAACAAACUAGGCUGGGUGCUGAGCAUGAAUUGUGGCUCACAACAGCCAUCUUCCCCCUCGGGAAGCGAUUCAGAAAGCUCUUGCAGUUCAGAGGCAGAGGAAUGCCAACGGAAGAGAUGCAGAAGGACAUAACUCUUCUUUUUUUAAAGACUGUCUUGAAGAAUGAGGAUUUUUCCUCAGUGUCUCUAGAAGGGUGGUUCAAUAUGUCCUCUGAAUGAGGGCAUCUCUUUUGAAUUCAAAUAUUUUUCUUGCCCUCUACCAAAAUCUUGGAACUCGGCAAGUGUUUUCUGCUUUGGAAAGACCUACAUUCAGGAGGCAAGUGACUCCUGCAGCCUGAUUGUCCUAGUUUGCCCACUUUUCUGGAAGAGGCUGUCUGAACCUCAAGCUUCCAGCAGCCAAACAGGACGAGGAGUCCUUCCUUCCAUCAACCAAAUGAAUGACACUCAAUUGAUGAUGAAACAUGAGAAGCUAAUGUGCAGUAUUGGUUGGCUACUUGCAAGUGAUGCCUCCUGAUACUUUGGGACCUGGGAGACAGCAAUCUUUAGAGAGAUAAAAAGGGCUCUUAACAUCUGUGAGUGUUUCAGUGCUUUGGCACAGACAGCUCUGGGGAAAAGUUAACUUGCUAGACUGUCACUGUAAGAACUGCGAGUCCUGCAACUUCAACUGCUUUGCAUGUCUACCUGCUGCUUCUCCUGUACUGAACUAUAUGAAAUCAUAUAAUUAAAAUACAAAUUGUGUUGAUUUAUGA